AUGCCACAUUUAAAAUUCAACUAAUCAUGUGUAUUUAUAUUGCUAAUUAUAGAUUGGUAAUUAGAACGAUUUAUUGAAAAAAGACUUAGAUUCUAAAAACUAAGAAAUUGAUGUAAUUAAUCAUUAAAACUUAUAUAGAAUUUGAAAUAGAAAAUUAUAUCAUCAUUAGAAACAAUAGAACAAUAAGAAGCAAUCAUUAUAGAAUGGCAAUAAAGAUAUUAUGAAUAAGAAAAAUAACAUAAUAGAGAAAUUGCUUAAUUAAAGAGUAAUUUAGAUAAUUCAAUUUUUGAUGAACCAUAAUUAGAUUUACUUGAAUAACAUAAUGAAAAUAGUCAUCAUGUAAGAAUGGAUGAAUUAUAAAUAAUAUAAGAAGAAAGUGAAUGUCCUCAAAUUAAAAGUCUAAAUUAGUCUGUUGUAUAAAAUUUUAAAUUUAAUGAAAUUUUAAAUGCUCUAAAUAAAAUGAAUUUUGAUGAAUCUCCAGUAGGAGAAUAUUUUGAAAUUAAUGAAUCUUACAUUAUUUAAAGAAUAAAUAAAUUAAUAGAUUACAUACAUAAGUUAGAAACAGAAUUAGAUGAUUGGAAAUGUAAUUAUUGGAAUCUAGAAAAAUAACUCAAUACUUAAUUAAAAGAUAAUUUUAUUUAAUAAGGUUCUUAGGAAAUUGAAAUUGAAUUUGAUUUUGAUAAAAAUUAAUUGGUUAAAGCGAUUAAACCAAAAAGUAAAAGAUCUUUAUAAGAUGAAAACUCUGCUUUAUAAUAUGAAAUAUAAAGAUUAUAAGAAUUAAAUAAUCAAUUAUUAAACUAAUAAAAGAGUUAAACAAAAUAAGUUUUGGAAUCUCUAAUAAAUAAGUAAUAAAAGAAAGCAAAUAGAAAGAAGAAUUUAACUCAUGUUCCAGAACCUGCAAAUAAGCAUUUAACUUAAAUAUCGAGUCAUCAUUCAAGUAGUCAUAAUAAUACUUAAAAGAAGAGUCAUCCUACUUAAUAGGGAUCUCCAAAUUAAUAAAGAAAUAAUUAAUAAAUUAACUAAUAUUUUAGUCAUUAUUUUUAAUAAAAAAGAGAUUAACCUGUAUAACAUUAUUCUCCAGUCAUUUUGACAAAGGUUCAAUAGAUUGGAACUAAAUAAUAGUUUGGAAUAAAGUAUUUGAAAGAUAUGUCUAUGGAUCAUUAUUAUAAUGUCAAUGUUUAUUAGACUCCAAUUGUAGUUAAGUAAUCUAGCUUAAGUCCUUACUAAAAAUCAGGAAGCAAAUUUAUUCAAUUUUGA